UUUUAGAGCUUCAUAAUGUUUGUGAAUCAUUUUGUGAAGCAAUUUGUUCAAUUAGUUGUUUUGAAAGCUUUCUUUCUCCCAUCACUAUCUAAAAGUCUUUUCUGUUCUGCAUAUCUCUCUAAAGGUGAGGACGAUAGCCUGGCCUUUAAGGGGAAAGUUACAGUGGAAGAAAUCUUCAAGAAAGACUUCAAAGUUCACGACCCAAACGCUAAGUGGAUCAGCAGUAAUGAGCUCCUCUAUCGUACCCGUGAAGGUGAUGUGGUCCGCUUUAACAUGGAGACCAAUGAGAGUACAAUCCUGGUCACAAAUAGGAAAUUCGUAAGUGUUUCAAUCCAACUCUUUCUUGUGAAACCCUUUCAACAAAAANUGAAACUCGUUCUGCUGGCCUACAACGUGCAGCUGGUUUACGAGCACUCCUUCACUGCGGACUACAUCAUUUGCAGUCUGGAAACUCCAGAAACGUGGAUCCUGAACCCUCCAGAAGUGCGAAACGCUCAUCUGCAGUACGCUGGAUGGGGGCCGCGGGGCCAGCAGCUGAUUUUUAUAUUUGAGAAUAACAUCUACUAUCGGGCCACUGUGGAGAACAGAUCCAUCCGUCUUGUUUCCACUGGGAAGGAGGGCGUGAUAUUCAACGGCCUGAGCGACUGGCUCUAUGAAGAGGAGAUCUUCCAGGGUCAGAUCGCUCACUGGUGGUCACCAGACGGUCUCAGACUGGCGUAUGCCACCAUCAACGACACUCUGGUGCCCAAGAUGGAGAUACCCAUAUUCACAAACGCACUGUAUCCCAGCGGACAGGAGUACCGCUACCCUAAAGCAGGGGAGGAGAACCCUGAUAUCUAUUUGUCAGUGGUGAGUCUGAACGGCCCUUUACACACAGUGAGGAUGAGGAAACCUGAGGACCCCAGAAUCAGGAAAGAUUACUACAUCACGAUGGUGAAGUGGGCCACCAGCACCAAACUAGCGGUAAACUGGCUGAACCGAGCGCAGAACAACUCCAUCCUGACCCUGUGUGAGGCCACCACGGGCAUCUGCACAAAGAAACACGAAGACGAGAGUGACAGCUGGCUUCACAGACAGAACGAACCCCCGCUGUUCUCCAGAGACGGGUACAGGUUCUUCUUCACCCGCGCCGUUCCACAGGGAGGCCGAGGGAAGUUUUUCCACAUAUCCAUGUCCACGUCCCAGCCCAACAGCAGCACAGACACGCUUCAGUCGCUGACGUCAGGAGACUGGGACGUGACGGAGAUACUAGCCUACAACGAGAACACCAAGCUUGUAUACUUCCUGAGUACAGAAGACGAUGCAAGACGGCGUCACCUCUACAGCGCCAACACCACAGGAUCCUUCAACCGCCGCUGUCUUUCCUGUAAUUUAAGCUGUGGAUACGUCAGUGGAUCAUUCAGUCCAGAUGCUAACUACUUCCUUCUCAACUGCAAAGGUCCCGGUGUGCCUCACACAGCCGUGUACAGCACCAGAGACGGAGAGUACGAGAAGCUGCUGGAUGUGGAGCUCAAUGAGCAGUUGAACACCACCGUGAACAACACUCAGAUGCCCAAAGUAGAGUACAGAAAGAUCAACAUAGAGGAUUACUCUCUGAGCAUGCAGAUCCUGAAGCCAGCCGGGUUUCUAGAAACGUCUCACUACCCCUUACUGCUGCUGGUGGACAGCACCCCCGGUGGUCAGAUGGUGACGGAGCGGUUUCAGGUGGACUGGACCACGGUGCUGGUCAGCUCCUUCAACACCAUAGUCAUGCGUCUGGACGGCCGCGGCAGUGGCUUUCAGGGCACAAACCUCCUCCACCGCAUCAGGAAGAAACUGGGGGAGUUCGAGGAGAGAGACCAGCUGGAAGCUCUUAGAGAGAUCUCACAGCAGCCGUUCAUCGACAGCUCAAGAAUCGGAGUUUAUGGAAAGGCAUAUGGAGGAUACCUGGCCAGCAGACUAUUACGCUCAGAUGAAAAUCCAAAUAUGUUUAAGUUCAAAAUCAAGUGUGGCACAGCCAUCUCUCCCAUCACUGAUUUCUCUUUAUACGCUUCCGCGUUUUCUGAACGCUAUUUAGGAUCACCGCAGGCCAGUAAGAGAGAAUAUGAGGUAAUGCUUUAA